GUUACAGGCUGCGGGACACUAGACAAGAAUCAGCGCUCAGAAGAUGUAAUCGCAGCGUUCGCGCAAGAUCGCGCACCGGGAAAUGACGCUGCUUUUGCGCAGCAGCGGGUCAUGGGCGAAGCGGUGCACGUACCAGAGGAACGUCGGCGUGUUGGCACUGCUUGCAGGAUGUUCAUGUGGAGCAUUGCUUGCAGACGCAGUCCACGUCGCGCCACGCUCCGCCUCACUCCUGGCGUCCGAAAACAAUAAUGUUGCGGCCGUGGAGCGGCAAAACAUUUUCUACCAAAACCAGGGCCUCGAUUGGCAGUACGGUUCUUGCCACGACUUGCGCGUCGAUCACCAGUCGCCCGUGAAUUUCGACGCGCGAUGGACGACGAACAGUUACCCAACCGAACGAAUUCAAAAUUUCACGAUCCACUAUCCGGUGCUGGAGCCGAAGCUGGCACUCAACUGGACGGGCUCGGAGUUGGAAGUUUUGCUCCCGCCUAGCUACACUGGUCAGCUGCAGUGGAACGGCGAAAUUUACAAGCCGGUGAAGAUUAUCUUCCGCGCAAAAUCCGAGCACACGCUGAACGGACGGAGGUUCCCUUUAGAAGCGCAGGUAUUGCACGAGUCGGUGCUUCCUCCGGUAGUUCCGGGGGUGCGACCGUCCCGAGAAGCGGCCUCCGCAGACGGUUCUGUUUCAGAUAGGGUUGUACCCCCGAAGAUAAAGACGGCCAGCCUCGUCGUCUUUUUCGACAGCGCUGCUGACGUUGACGAGGCCGCCGCUUUCACGGCCAAGGAUAGCUCCGCCACGGACUACGACAACGAGUUUCAAAAGCUACUGGCAAAUUUUCCGCUCCCCCAGCAAUUUCCGAAUGUUGUGAGGCAGACCGACGGGAACUUCGAUUUACUAAGUGGGUUCAAGCUGGAUAACACGACCUAUUUGCAAUACGUCGGGUCCGGGACCUCGCCGACGGACGAGCAAGUGGUCAUUCUCGACCCACGAAACGCGUCCAACAACACGAUCGUCAACACGGCGUGCAGCUCCGACCGGCUGUGGUUCGUGCAGCGCGAGGGGCCGGUGCUGGUUGCCAACUAUCAAAUACAGAAUUUGGCGAACACGAUCCGGUACCUGAACGGGAAGCACGACAACUACCGUGCGUUGAUGCCGUUCGGGCUCCACCGGCGCGUGCACGUGUUGCGGGCCUCCACGGAGUACCAGGCGACGCCCAGUGAGAACGCGCGAAACUACGAGAUGAUGCCGUGGGGCAAGAACCCGCGGACGGACGCCGAAGUGCGGGCGAUCAAAGCGGCGCAGAACGCGAAAAAGUUUGCCAAAAAAGUCACGAAAUACAUCAAAGACGUGAAGCAAGCGCACUACGAGGCCGCGAAGGCAUACCAGGACGCGAUCGUGGAGGCCACUUCGCUCUAGAUAGGUUUGGGAAUCUUCAGGGUUUGUUACCCUACAUGUUCAUCUUCUUUUCCAAGAUCUGCAGACACGCAGAAAAAAUAUUUCCCUGAAAAGUGAUCGUGUCGGUUCGAGUUGUGAAAAUCGAAUGCCAAUGAAAG